AUGGGAAUAACCCUAAUGCGCGACGCAUACUGCGUAGUCGCGCACCUCACCACCCCCGACCUUCAUCUUCUUCCUCUUCUCUCUACCAACUGCCGUCGCAGUAGCAGCACCGCCCACCACCGCGGCCGCCCAUUUUCUCGCCCUCAUCACCACCCUACCUCAUUUCUCUUCCUCUCUCACCACCACCCGUUCUCUCUCUCUCCCUCUCACUCCCCUCGGCCCAAACCCCACCACCGCGACCGUCCCUCUGCCGCCUCCGUCAUUCCGCCGGCGACGGUCUCCCUCUUCUUCCCCCCCUUCACAUUCUCCUAUCACUACCCUCUUUCACCGUCACCGAACCUCCCCUCCGUUCCUCUUUCCUCCGAUCACCCCGCCGUCACUCAUCUUUCCGGCCACUGA